UUUUUCUUACCAGUAGUGCACUUAUACCGAACGUUAACGUUCGUAAAGCUUACUUCGCUCCAAAACCUACUGAGAAAAACCUUCCUGGGCGUAGUUUUGGCAGUCAUUUCACUCCCAAUCGGGCACUUCCUCAAGCCCGACGACAAUAGCACCGCCAACAUGGUAGUGGGAGGCUUCCAGGUGGGCAUUGAAACGGUGCCCUAUCAGGUGGCCAUUUUCUACGCAGGAGAGCUACUGUGCGGUGGAAGCAUUAUCGGACUGCACUGGGUGUUAACGUCCUACCACUGCGUCAGCACGCGCAUUCCAUCCGACUAUGGCAUUGUGGUUGGCGUCACGAACCCUGAAGCUGAUGGUAGGAAGAUACAUGUGGAGGACUUCAUUUUCCCCGCGGUGACAGAGAGUGAUAAAACCUACGAUAUAGCGUUGGUGAAGUUGAACCAAAGUUUGGUAUACAGUGAAGCAGUGCAGUGUAUUCCACUGCUAUCAGUGCAUGAUGCCAUUGGUCCCGGAAAACCGGCGUACAUCUCUGGCUUUGGAUUCACGCAGGACGGAGGGGCUGAAACUCAGUUAAAGAUCGCCACCAUCCAAGUGCUUCCAUGGCAAACCUGUCAGGAGGCUUACCCUUCCCUGAUGCGGAAGUAUUUGCUGUGUGCCGGGGUAACGGAAGGUCAGGUUGACGCUUGCCAGGGUGACUCGGGCGGGCCACUGGUCGUGGACGGUCAGCUGGCCGGUAUUGUGUUUUUUGGGAAAGGUUGUGCGGAUCCUAACCAUCCCGGUGUGUACAUAUCGGUACCGUGGUUCUACGAUUGGAUAGUUGAUGCGGCACGCAACCAGUCGAAUGCUGAAAAUCGAGAGCUUUGUACUGCAUCAAAACAGGCAUUAUGAACGAUCGAACGAGUUUCCAAUUGAUGCAUAAUAAAUUUGAAUUGUAAUGUA